AUGGUGCAGCUGGAGCGUGGAACGGUCUGGCAGCUCCUGGACAGGGGGCUGGAGACGGCGGAGCAGGCUGCUCUGGUCCCGGGUCCCUGUCCCGUCCACCUGCCCUCACCUGUACGGUCCCUCCCCCCUCCACUGGCUGCUGACCCUGGCUACAGGUGGGUGGCCGAGCCCAGGACAGGCAGCUGCGGGGCCUGGCAGAGCCAGUCCAAGGGGGCACCUGCAGGAGUGACGUGGACCCACAAGAAGGCUGAGGGGCCGAAGCGCUUGAAAGCACCCGAGGAAGGAGGGAAUCCCGAGUCUGAAAUGACAGAGGCCUCGGCCCUGCUGCAGGGCAGCUUCCAGGGUGCACACGCGACGGCACCGCGAGCCCCCCACCGCCACCGCUGCACCCAGAGGCCUGUCCCUCCGACCCCGCUGCCCUCACCCCCACCCCGCAGCGAACAGUGCAGGGGCAGGGUCUGGUGGCCGCGGGAAGUCCCCACGAGCCCGGCUGGCCUUCCCUUCCGGCCGCCGCCGUGCGGCGCCGCGUCCCCACGGGUCCCUCUGGCCCGGUUCCCUCGGCGCGCCAAGCCAGCCAGGGGCGCGGGCCGGGCUGGGGCGCCGCGUGGCCUCCCCCCGCAGGAGCACAGCGGCGCGGAGCCCCCCGGUCGGAAGACCCCACCCUGCUCCGCGCGCUGCCUCCGCCGCAGUGUCCGAGUGUCACGGGGCCAGCACGCCCAGGGGCGACCCAGAGAAGGCAGCGGCCCGGCUCGGGGACCAACUGCUGCGAUCCGAAAUGAAUGGCCGGCCCACGGCCGCUCGCGCCCCCCGCCCGGCCCCCGCUCCCCGCAGUCCGGCCCGGCGGCUCCCAGCUCCCCGGAACCCACCGCUCGGCGGCCACUUGGGCUGCACUUUGCAAAGUGUCCCGCGGAGCUGGCCCAAGCUCUGUCAAGGGCGCCGGGCAGGGCUGAGGCCAGGCGGCACGGCCGCGGCCUCCGCCGAGCCCCCGGCGCGCCCUGGCGUCUGCGGCGCUGCACGUCCCGGGCGGGGAGCGAGGUCGGGGCAGCCGAGCCGCGGAGCAGCGAGGGCCGGGAGGGUCCGUCCGGCCCCGCCGGGGCGCGCCACCGAGGGUGCGGGGACGCGGCGGGGAGCGGGCAGCCAGGUGACCCCGGGGACCGAGCCCCGAGUCCCUCCACAGCCGCCCGAGCUAGUGCCGCUGCCCGGGAGCCGCGGGCGGCGCGGGGCGCGGCGCGUCCACACUCACCUCCCGCUCCGAGGGCCCCGCGCCGCUCGCCGCGCUGGCGGAUGCGAACGAGCUCCCAGAACGGCAGCGGCGGCUGCCGGCGCCCGGCCCGCGCGCAGCGCUCUGCGGCGCGGAGGCGCAGUCCUCAUCCCUGA